AUGGCAUCACAGUCACCGGUCGUGCCUUCAAAAAAUGCUUUACGAGCACUCCGUCGACUGGCCCUGUCGCCUCCAACGAUUGUCAUAGGGACCCUGGGGAGUGUAUGCGGUGUCUUGACGCUCAAUCAUGAGACACGCCGGAGGGUUCAUCUAGCGGAACAGAUCGUCGAGACCAAAAGGAUAUUACAAUCUGUGUCCAGCGGUACAGCAGCUGCCCGCCUCAAUGACAUGUUUGAUGCUGCGGAGAAGGGAGAAGACUUUACGUUACGAGCCCAGCACGCGAAGAAGAGGAGGAAAGCGGAUGGAACGCGACCCUUCUCUACAACAGCCAUACCCGAAUCAGACGGGACCAGCAAUAUCGAUACAGCCGAUCAUGUUAGAGCCACGAACCGACAACCAAGAAGUUCUCACGAGCGAGAUUCCCACCGGCUGGCCAUCGAUCCAUCACUUGCAAUGGAAAAGUUGACAUUACACGACAUACAUGCUGAUGUCGUCAGUAAGAUUAUUGUUGCAAGCAAACAGCCACAUAAAUAUUCGGGUCAUCCUGUUUAUGGCCGUCCAAGUCCACCAGAACAAGUCGCAGGCCAUUUACCAGGGGCUGUGAGAAAGCGUCCGAAAGAGAUACCACGCGUUGUGGAUAGUGUGUCCAGGAGAAAAGCCUCGAGCUUGGCUCUGUCAUCUUUGCGCAAAGCGGUGCCGGAGCACGCAUCUGAACCCAAUGGAGCGUUGAAGUCAGGAUCGUUGAAAGAUCUGCGCAUUGCAAGGAAUGUGGUCUCCAAAGGCUUUCAUUCUUAUUCCGCCGCAGCCUUUCAGGGAACAUCUAUAAGAAGGUUAGCUUCGCCAUCAUAUGCAUAUUCUGAGACCGCCGUAUCUCCACGAAAGGGUUUGUCCGGUCCUGAACAUUCGGCCAGGCAGGAAUACAUAAAGGCUAACAUCGAGGCUCAUCCCGUCUCCAAAACUGGUCGGUCGGAUCAAGAGGACACGGAUUAUGCAGAUACUCACCCAGAGCCAGUAUCCACCGACCAAUAUGCUACUGCUCAGCAAAUCCCACCGGGAUACGUCUCGUGGAGGCCGUAUCGGACUGUCUCCGGUAUGCCGCGAGGCCGUCGUUGGUAUCGUGUCAGGGUCACAUCGCCAUUAAGUGGGGAGCCUGACCACGAUCUGAAGAGCUACCUAGCUCAAACCGACCCUCAGCAGUCCCAGAUGGAUUCGGACAAGUGGCCUGCUCUGUGUGUCGCUGACUUUGUUAGCCGUGGUAUUGACGACGACACCGACCAGGCUCUGAAGGAACAUCUCCACGAGACUCAAGACCUUGAAAUUGACCCGGACUCACACAAAAUCUUCGAGGGCAAUUACAUGGUUCCGCGCAACAUUGUCGAACACAUGACAGAGACCGCCGAUCGCAAGGCUUUCGUUUCUAUCAAGGCCUUCAUAUUGCCUCCAGAUGAGGACUUGACCUACGAGGAAUCUCUGCGCCGCUGGUUAGCUGCGAUGAGAUAUUACACGCAGGGCAAUGUGCGACAGUGGGCUAUGGCAGAAGCUGUUUUCCACAGUUUUCGUUUCCAGUUCGAGCCCGAAGACAUUGUCAGUCCGCCCGUGCUUGAGCUCGUGAGACAUCUCCUGGCCACAGCGCGGCAUUCCGACAGAGUGCAUCAGGUUCUAUUUCCAAGUACUGUGCCCAAUGGACUUGACAAUGUUGCUUUUCACAAUCUACCAUUUCAAUAUUUGACUACCAUCUGUGAGACCAACAACGACACGGAUUGUAUUCAGGAGCUUGCAAAGGUUCGUUUUGUCGCGACACGUACGGGAUUCGAGCAGAAACUCAACCUCUUCAUACCAUUCAUUCAAAAGAGACUGCGGCAAAAUGACGCGGAGGAGGCCAGCGCUCUUGCGGACGUGCUAGCGCCAGUCUAUGGAAAAGCUUCAGCGCCACGGAUCUGGGCCGAAUGUGCUUUGUGGCAUUCAACUCACGGGAAUUGGAAUGAUGUGCAAGAAAUACUCGAGCUCAUACAUACGAGCGGGUAUCCCAGAACUCGACCGAUCUACUAUGCAAUGCUGUUUCAUAAGCUGUUAUUGCGAUAUCUCGCGACUAACAGUGCAGUACGGUCGUUUGGUUUCCUGAUCGAAGGCAUCAAGUAUGCUGGUUUGCAACCAAUGCACAUGAUAUCGACCACGUUCAUAUGUGCAUGCGUCAGGGAGCGGCGUUUCGAUCUUGUGUCUGAGUGGAUAAGCAUGAUCCAUGAGGCGUUUCCCAGGGCCAUGUCGAACUUCGUGGAGGAAAAGGAUGCAUGGCGACUUGGGCGAGCCUUGCUAGAGUCCGGUGCCAGCUGUCGGGAGAUUGCAAACGUUUGUCGAGAACUCUCCUUCGGACGCCGCGAAGAUCCGUUCCACGUCAUGCUGAAGGACUUUGUUAGGGAGCUUGUCAGGCUGGAUCUAAUUCACCGAAUGUGUUCCAUACCCGAGCAGAUGAAAAAAACCGGUCUGUCAGACAUUAAUGUCCGUGCGAUGACAUUGCCGCAGAUACUGGACCUCGCGGAACAGUUUUGUUCCACCGAAAAAUCAUCCCGCGAUCUCGACACGCGGUUUGAGAUCAUUCAGGGCGAGGUCGCAGCUCAAAUUGAUGCCAUCGAUGAACUGAGUUACAUUUUCCAAGGUGACUUCCAAUUGAAUCGAACUUCGAGUCGAGACAAUCCGGACGACAGUGGUUGGGAUGGGCCACUUCAAUCGAAAUGGGAGCCCGUGAAAAAGCCGUUCGAGGAUACUGGUCCUGAGCAAUCACCUGCUCAAUGGGGAGAUCUACCGGACUACCCGGAACUGACAAAGGCAGUGGCCGACCAUUAUACCCUUCGGAACAAGGCGAAUCUACCUGUAGAUCAUGCAUUGCUCAAACAGCGCAUGGCGCAACUCUCAAUCACAAGGCCAUUGGACGCACUAAGGCUGGUUGAAACAGUGUAUUCCAGCCACUAUGUUCAGGGACUUGGUGGGAAGCCAUUUGACAACGGCAUCUUCUCCAAGUGGCUCGAACUGGUCGUCGAGGUGGGCAGUGUCUCCUCAGCCUUCAAAGUUUUAUGGGCAGUCAUCGAUUCCAGUCGACAUCUAGUAUGGACGUUUGACUUUGCCACGCUGGUUCAUAUGGCGGGCACGGUGCAUAUUCGGGAGAAGAAACCCAUAUACACCAAGGAGCGGCACCCGGAUCACGACUUGAGGUAUCUUGUGAAAAGGGUCUUGUGCAUACGACAGGAUUCACCUGAUUAUGUUGAGGAUGACUUUCGCUUUCCCCACUGGCGUGAUUGGGAGGAGACGUUCAGAAAGCCUCUGGUUAGACAUGCGUCACAUGUGCCAUAUCAAGAGCAUGUUACCACGUAUGGGUGA